UGUUAUUUGGUUUAAUAACUUGUUUAAAGGAUAUGGAUACGUUGAUUACGGGGGUUGCGAAGGAAAUUAUAACAAAGGAAACGGAUAUGGAAACAACUACUACAGUGAAGAAUCAAAAAAGUAAAUGAAAAAAGAUCCCACUUAUAAUUCAUACAACUAAGGCUAUGGAUACGGAGGUUAUAGUGGAUACGGAGGGUACGGUGGUGGAUUAAACAACAAAGGAAACGGAAAUGGAAACAGCUACUACAGUGACGAAUUAAAAAAGUCUAUGAAAGAAUAUCGUACUUAUAAUUCAUACAACAAAGGCCAUGAAUACGGUGGAUACAAAGGAUACGGUGGUGGAUUAAACAAAAAAGGGUACGGAUACGGAAACAGCUACUACAAUGACAAUUCUAAAAAGUCUAUGAAAGAAGAUCCGACUUAUAACUCAUACAAUAAUGGGUAUGGAUAUGGUGGAUAUGGAGGUUAUGGUGGAUUGUAUAAUAAAGGUUACGGAUACGGAAAGUCUUAUUUCAAGGAUGAAUAAAAAUGUAUUAUUCGAUGAGUUAUUUUAUUAAAUUAUU